CAGUUAGCGGCGGCGGCGGCGGCGGAGGUAAACAAGGCGGCGUGAGGCAGAGCGAGUGUCAAACAUGGCCGACGUGCAGGACGAGGACCAGUGGCUCUACGGCGACGAGAAGGACGAGUCGAAGGAGGAGGGCGAGAUCCACGAGAGGACGGGGGAGGAGGCCGAGAGAGCCGGGCAGGAAAAUGAUCAAGAGAAAGAUACUGCAAUGGAAGAGGGAGGAGGGAAGGAUGGUGAAGAGAAGGAUGGAGAAGACAAAGAUGGUGACAAAGACAAAGAAGGUGACAAGGAAGAUGGUGAGAAAGGAGAGGAUGACGACAGCAGUGAUGAUGAUGACCUGACAGUGACCAUUGGCACGAUCAAGACCCAGCCAGACAUUAUUCAGGCGGCCCCACAUGGCGCAAGGUUCCAGCCUAAGGCUGCUCCAACCACAGGUCUGAAGGAUGAAGAUUUCACAUCGCCAGGAAAAGUGAAUGGGGUUCCAGUGACAGAGUUUAAUCUUGAUGACUUGGAAGAUAAACCUUGGAGAAAGCCUGGUGCCGAUAUCUCGGAUUACUUCAACUACGGUUUCAAUGAGGAGACGUGGUUCAAAUACUGCGAAAGACAGAAGAGGAUGCGGAUCCAGGAAUCAGGUGCUGGCUUGACGGGUCUCGGCAUCAGUGUGACAAAGCCUUUUGGUAACACUCCCAGCAGUAUCCCAGUAGCCAUUGUAAAUGACAACAGCAAAUAUGGAGGUUCAGGCUCCCAGCGGCCAAAAGCAGGCCCACCUCCACGCAACAAAGGCAUGGGCCAGAUUGACGUCAUUGGGGGUGCUUCAAACCCUAAGACCAGCACGAUACAGGUCAUGACGGCUGAUAGACGAGAAUACUCUAACAAGGUAAUGAUGAAUGGACCGCCUCCACCAAUGCCUCCAUCACAACCAGGAUAUAACGAUAUGGAAUUUGGAGGUAACCCCUACGGCGACACCUACUAUGGCAAUGAGGGCAACAACUUCUACGGAGGGGGCUCCUAUGACAACCCCUCUGGCUGGGGCUCAGGGGGACAGCCUCCCAUGGGUGGCCAGGGCAACUGGGAGGGCCAAGGGGGAGGAGGAGGAGCACCGCCAAAUGUGCUGCCGGUGUCAGGCGGUGGAGGGUACUUCGAUGAGGACUCUGUAGGGGCGCCUCCCCCGUCUGCAGAACCCGAGGAGGAGAGACACCGAUCCCGAAGAAGUCACAGAUCGCGCAGCCGUUCCCCAAGUCGACACAGACACUCGAGCAGACACCCUAGAUCGCGUUCCAGAUCACCUUCCCAUAGACAUAAGAGAAAGAAGUCAAAGAGAGAACGUGAUGCUGAUUAGAAAGAAGGAAUUAUGUGUGUCUAGUACAAACAGCUAAUGUCUGUUGCAUUCUCGGGUCUAUAUUUAUAUGGCAUCCUGUAUCCAUGCAUCAUCGGUAUACAUGCAUAAGAACUGAUAAUUUUUUAUUUUAUUUUAUUAUUAUUAUUAUUUUUUUUUUUUUACACCCUUUUUUAACUUAAUGUUGGUUAGGAAAUGGACUGUAAGUAGAAAUAUUAUGAAUAAUAGCAUAUCUUUGAUUACAUUAACUACAUAUGCGUUAUAUAAGCCUUUAAUUUUGUGAAAAUAGAAAUCAUACAUUUUCAAGCUAAAUUGUUUCAUUAUCCAAUUUAUAUACUUAAAAGUCAUGGAUUUAUGCAAAUACAAUACAAUAAUGUUAGUAUUUAGAAUACCACAGUUAUAACAAUAGUUUGAUGUCAGUAAACAUGAUAGAGGCUUGGCUUUAGAAACUGUCUUUAGUAACCAGAGGCAGGUUCUUCAUGAGAGCUAAGGCAUAUCUCGUGCAAAAUGGAUUUAAGAGAUUGAAAGUUGUUUAUUGUAGAAGUAAUGAAAAUGGUUAAAUUUCAGUCGUAAGGUUUAGACAAUAGUAGUAAUUCUGCAGUGCAAAAUAGUGGUACUAACCUAAUAUAUGCAAUUUUACCUUCAUGAGACACUGAUUAAAGUUGCAUAAAGAGGAUAGACUUUUGUUAGCACAAAGUGGUUAUGGGUUAUGUAAAUAUCCUACAUGGAAAAAGAAAAAAAAUUGAACACCCUCUCUUGGGCACAGAGUAAAGAUAGUGAAAGCAAUAUUGCAAUGUAAUGAGUUUUCAUUUUACACUUUUACUUAUUUAUUCAGAAAGUAGGAGAAUGUAAGGAAGAAGCUUCAUAGGCUAUUAAUGACAAAUGAUUCUGAUAAAUAUUGAACUGAUAAAGAAAGAAUCUGUUUAGACUAGCACCAUCAUGUCUUGGAAAAAUGUUGCUAUAUGAGAAUACAUUUUAAAACUGUAGCUAAUAAGGACUUGUGUUUAUUGUGGUGAACUUAAUAGGGGCUUGUGUUUAUUGUUGUGAACUGCACUUGCCUUAAAAAAUAAAUAAAUAAAUAAAUGAUGGCAUCUUGAGGCAAGACAGUCCUAUUUGUAACUGGUAAGUGCAAAGUGAUACAUAAAAGGUUAAAAUUUUGUUUGGGGCAUUGUAUAUUGCACUAAUUCAGUAACUUGGAAUGAAUCACAUAGUUUUUGUAAUUGUUUUUGUAGAAUAAUUUUACUGUGCAAGUCCUCAGCAUCUCAGCUUUUUUGCAAAAUGUCUGUGAUCAACAGGAUAGUAAAACAAGAAAACUAUGACAAAUAUUUGUCGGUAUUAUGCAAUAUCAUUACUUACAAGGACUAUUAAAAGGUACUUCAUGUCUACAUUAAUUGUAGUUGCGAACAUGCAAUUAAUGAACUAAUUAACUAGAAAAAGGCAUUUGUAACAUAGAAAGUAAGGUAAAACAAAUUUAGGUAGCAGCCUGUACUUUUUUUACAUAUGAAAGUAUAGUGUCACCCAGACCCUUCCUUUAUGCGUAACCCUAGAUCAAGAGUCGGGAACCUUUUCGGUGUGAGGGCCAGUCAAAGUUUCUAGGUGUAGCCUUCGGGCCGGAGCGCUAAAGAGAACCCAACAGUACCUAGGUGUACAAAAAAAAAAUAUAGGAAAGCAGGCAAACUAGUGAUUAUAUUGUAUGAAAUUUAUUUAAAAAACAAAACAAUAAAACACUCAAAUCAUUGACUUUGAAGAUCUCAUCCAUGUGAAUUUGCUCCAUCCUAUGUGCCAUUAUCACACUGAGAGGCUCUGCAGGCUGGAUCUGGCCUGCAGGCAGCAGGUUGCCAACCCCUGCCCUAGAUGUCAGAGACUUAUGGCCAGUUCAACCUGCCAUACACAAACACAUAUUCCAGGGAAGAAUUUGAUUAUAUCCUCAAGAAAAAUACCAGGCCAUAUCAUUUCUGUUGAUAUUAUGACAGCAGUAGGCAAAGACCUACAAUCUGAUACACAGGUAGUGUAUGUUUAUAUUUACCUUAAGAACAGUUAUGUAGCUAUUCAAGCACUUACAUUACAAAGUGCUGUAUUUAGAUAUAAGAUAGCUUUUUGUUUGAAAAUAUUAUCGAUUUAUGAAACAUGGAUUGUUAUGACAGUGUAUGAGAGAGAAUUUUUAUGACUGUUUUCAAGAAUUUAGAUAAUGUACUAAUAUCAGAUUAUGAUAUAGCAGUAAUGAAUUUUUUAACUGAGAAAAAUAACAGGGUUACAGGUUACGAUAAACAUUUGGAUAUUACAUGCCUGAUCAGCCACUGACAAAAGAAGCUAGAGAUGUUGAAUGUGGUGUUUUCAUGCAAAAGGUUCAUCAAGUAGGAAGGUUCUGUACACGGAUAAAGCUCUUAUCUCAUGCUACAAUCUUUGGUUCUGUGGUAUGUCAGUGAAGAGGUGUUCUACUUUGUAUGUCGAAGUGUGCAAAAAGAGUUGAAGAAUUGCUUGUAACCAUUUUGUUUUUCAUCUUGUUUCCUGGCAUUUUUAAUUAUCUGAUGAAUUUUUGGCCUUAUUCAUUUGUUUUAUGUCAUAGUAAUAUCAUCUCAUCAGU